AUGACGUUAGCUUUUCCAGUCGCCAUGAAGUUUGCAGUGAAGACAUGGAGCAAUGGUAAGGCACGAGCUGGGCAACUUCAACUGGGAAGCUGUCCUUCCCCAAUGGAAACGCCUGCUCUUCUCCUUUCUACUCGUAAAGGGCUGCCUCUAUUUAUCUCGCCUGACCUCCUUCCUGAUUUGCCUUAUCCGGACUCUGCUCUUCUCCAUGUUAGCCCGCUGCACUUUGUGGAAACCAUGUCACCAAAUAUCAUAUCAAAGCUUGGAGGACUAAACCAAAUACUUGGAUUGCAAAGGCAUGCUUUCGCAGCCUUUCCAAGGGAUUCUGUUCAGUGCCUUCCUGAGUUCGAUAGCAGCAAUAAACUAGGAGCAUCUUUUGACACACCAAGUGGCAGACGGCUGAUUAAACCUGUGGAUUAUAUGGAGCUGAUUUGUUCCCUGAAGCCAAGUCUGUGGGCCACCUUGGCUGAUGAAGUACCUGGGUGGGUGUCUGACCAUAGGAACAAGGCUUCUGUUGAUAGAACUGUAAAAUGGCUCGAUGACUGCAUCUCACAAAGCCCGGCGAAUGGAGCGGUUUUUGGAGCUAUUGUUGGAGGUUGCGAUAAAGAGCAAAGGAAAAGGUGUGCACUAGAAGUCUCCAAAAGAAAUAUAUCAGGUUACUGGAUUGGAGGAUUUGGUUUUGGAGAGAGCAUGGAUGAUCGUCCAGCUUUGCUUAAUGAAGUAACUGACCAUCUACCUGGAGAAAUGCCUCGUCUCAUCUCUGGUCUUGGGUUGCCAGAGGAGGUGUUGCAGGGUGUUGCUGCUGGAAUUGAUCUGUUUGACUCAUCGUAUAUCUACCAUCUCACACUUGGUGGGUUUGCACUGACCUUCCCAUUGGACGUUCUUAGUUUUGCUGAAGAAUUUCCUGAGAAGACUAUGGGAAUUGAUCAGAGCAAGAUCAAUCUGAAAGCAACUGUCUACAGGAAGGACACAGACCCAAUUGUAGAAGGCUGCGUAUGCUACACUUGUCGGAAUCACACGAGAGCUUACAUCAAUCACCUUCUGAAUGUCCAUGAAAUGCUGGCUCAGAUUUUGCUUGAAAUACACAACACACAUCACUAUCUUGGAUUCUUCCAGGCCAUCAGAAGUGCAAUCAAGGAAGACAAGUUCGAGCGAUUUUGCGACAUGUUUCUCCAGAAGCGACGUGAUCAUCUUACUGCUGCUGUAGCUGUCGGUGCCUAA